AUGUCCCAGUCUCUUCCUCCGCCGUUCACUCCGGAUAGUGAAUUUGCUGCCCUGGAGACACCCCGCGCUCCGGCUGGGAGUCUCUCUGUCACCGCUUUGGCCCGUUUCGAGUUUGAGGCAGGAAAAGCGAAUGAUGGAACCAAAAUUCUAAUGAUUGAAUGGGAGGAUGAUGACCUCGCCCGCUGCGCUUCAUCUCCUGUCACCGCCACCUCAUCCUCAACGGUAGUUGAAACAAAGCCAGAAGCAGAGACCACGAUAGAUACGACGAAUACAACGACAGAAACGACAGAGAACGACCAAAUCAAGAAACGAACAGGCGGACUAUGGCACGUCUCCUGGGAAAACAAAACGGCUGUGCUGCCCGCCUCCGAGCAAACCAAUGAUCACACCCGUCGUAUCUACUUCCUUCUUCCGCCCAACGUGACCAUCCCGCCUGUCGUGACUCUAGCCUACGAGCCUGCCCCGGCAGGUCAGCAACCUAAUGACUAUGGCACCGCAGCGUCCGAAAUGCUGCAGCUCAAUCCGCUACCGGCGAUCUUCCCUCCAGAACUGGGAGCGGACGGUCGUUCCGCUGGCAAAAAGGGUGUCUUGCACACGAUAUGGGCGAAGAAGAGAUUGCAGGUGCUUGAGCGCGAGAUCCACGAGGAAUGUCAAAGCAAUGUCGAGGGGAUUGCGCUACAGAUGGCGCUGCAGGAGAAGGAGUGGAUCGAGAUGAACUUUGGAGUCGGGGGCACACAGGCGGCGGCGGAGGCCGUGCGCAAUCGGGUGAACUCCCACGAUGCGUCGUAUCCGAUGGGACCAGCGACGCCGGUCUCGCCGACUACUGGAGGACGGUUGGGUGAGAAGCUGAAGGGGUUGAAGUUGCAGACUGGGGCUGGGGGGAGGAAAAAGGAGUUUACAUCGUCGCCGUUGACUUCUGAGGGAAUGUGCCAAUCUUCAUCGGCUCACCUUCUGUCGCCGCUCUCUCCCGACAUCGCGGUGUCUUCGUUCAACUCUUUUCAUGGAAUUCAGCGACCUGAACCGGCGCCGGCAGCUGCACCGGCUCCUGUGCCACCCUCCGUGCCUGCUCUCUUAGACCCGGUGAAGACUGUCGCCCAUUACCCGCCCGAAUCCCUACAAGCGCAACAAAGCACGCAGGACGGCAGCAGUGGAUUCGCGCCCAUGGGCACUAUUGCACACACAUCGGGCGCCGACUCGGGUGAGGAGCUCUUCGCCAAGGCGUUGAGUCCACGCACGCCGGAUCUUCCUCGGAGUCCGUUCUCCUUUGCGCCGGAGACGUUGUUGGAACAGAGAAUGUGA